AUGGGCCGACGUCGACCUCAGGAGUCUGAAAAGACUCAGAGGUUGUCUUUAACUGAGCUGGCCGCCCAUGACGACGUUUGUUCCGACGCGUUAAUCGAUAAUGCAUACUACAAGGCAAAGAUACGGAAGAAUCGAACGAAACACAUUCCAAUCCGCGGUAUCAAGGAGGACGAGGUUCCCAGGAUUCUUCUGCACAAAGUCAUCGUCGAGAAAGACAUAGUGGCCGCCGAGAAAGCGUUGCUAGCACUCCCUGGACUUAAAAGGUACAAGAAGAGCCUACGCACAAAGUCGGAACAAGAGCACUUCCUCAGCCAUCUUCGCAAGUACAUUGCCAUGUACCAGACCGACUGUCCUUGGGAGGUUUCUACCACGAACAGGUACACCAUCACGACCUACGAGGCGGCUGUGACUGCUCGCCGGCGGAUUCGACAGGGUGACACGGUCAAAUAUCUGACUGGCACGCUCGUACCUUUGACCACGGAAGAAUCUGCCGAUUUGGACAUGACUAAUCGUAAUUUCAGUAUUGUGGUAUCGGCUCGGAAGAAGAACACUUGUAUCUUCCUUGGACCUGCCCGCUUUGCCAACCAUGACUGCAAUGCAAAUGGCCGUCUGGUCACACGAGGAGAUGACGGGAUGGAAGUGGUCGCCGUGAAAAACAUUGAUGUUGGAGAUGAGAUCACUGUGUCAUACGGAGAUGACUACUUUGGCCCUGGCAAUAUCGAUUGUCUCUGCCAUAGUUGUGAAGAACUUGAACGUAAUGGUUGGACAUCUAAAACAGCCUUCCUCAGUUCCGACAGCCAAACUUCAACGCCUGGCCCCGAGCCACAACCAAGUCCUCAAACUCGCGCUCUAAAGCGGAAGCGAGGGUCGGAAUUGUCUUCGUAUUCGUCGUCGGCACCACCUCCUUCCAAACACCUGAAAGCCACACAGUCUCCUUCCAAACUACAACACUCAUGGACUCCUCCAGGAAGCGCUCUGUCCGAUUCAGAACUAGAAACAGGUGCGAGAGAGAUUGGAGAUACUACCGAGCAACAAACAAGUCCAAGUCCACCAAAACAGUCGACACUCUCGCCGCCUCCCAGCCCGGCCCAACUGGCAGACCUCGACAUGCUCGAAGCCCCAACUGUACCCGAGGAACCUCCACGGAAAUCUGAACCCCAGCUGCCUUCACCAAAAUCAAUGGCCAAAAAGGGGCCACGGGAAAGCAAAAUGACUGCUAGGCUAUUGGGUAAAUUGUCAGCUCGUGCACCCAUAUCGCCCGCUCCAACCUCACCUUCGAGCCAUGGUUCGACUUCUGAUUCCACAACCUUAAACCAAGCGACCCCUUCUGUGUCAUAUACCCUUGCUCCCGUCACAAUCAAAGUCGAAUCCGUGGAAACCACCAAAGUUGAAGCUGAUGAAGAUACCAUCGUCGUGGUCACAACCCGACCGACCCCGGCAAUGUCAAGCGAGCAAUCCAUGAGCGCAGAUGAGCAGCAAGCUGAGGCGACUAUUCCUCUCGAGCCAGAUCAGACACCGAUACCUCAUGUAGUUUCGACUCUCACCACGACCACCGUCACCAAGGAUGUGCAGGUACUGGACGAAGCCAACAGUCGCAAUCCAGAAGCCAGUGUGUUGCCUUCGAUAGAGCCCGUAAGCAAUUCAACCACUGUGGCCACCCUGAGCGUCCACCCUGUCACCGGCACGAUCCGUAUCGCAGGCGAUUACAUCUUGACACGAAAAUUACUUGCUCAACCACAUGAUCGGUGGGUGCAAUGUCACAAUAGCUUGUGUUUUGGUUUCUUCAUUCAGCCGAAUGGAUAUCAAACACGACGCGAGUGUCCUCGUUGUGAACGGCACAGCAUGCUGUAUGGCUUCCCUUGGCCCAAGACUGACCCAGAUGCACGCAAACUCCUCGAACGGACAGGACGUGGCAAGAAAGAUGCUGUCGAAUAUAGUGCAUACAGACGCAAAGGACGUUGCGGUAAGGGCACUUGGGUCGAAGGGGGUGGGGACGAAGAAGAAAGAGUGAUGGAUCAUCGUACCAUCCAUCGCUUCGUCCUACCGGAAGAGGAAAGGGAAAUUACCAGGAAAGGACUUCUCAAAGAAGCCGAAGAGGCCAGGGCUGCGGGAGAUCAUGUCCUUGCCCUUUUAGAAGCAAAAAUGCGAGCUGCUUCAAGAGGCAUGGGAACCGAAAGCGCAGCACGAGGGAGCGAAAGCGACAAUGGUUCGGCGACUCCUGAUGAAAACAGGAGAAGAAGUAAUCGGUUUGUGACGAGACCAGUCGCGGUGUAUACUGACAGGUAUUCACAUCGAGUUGUCUGA